AGACGAAAUUAGUUAAUAUUUAGUUACUUUUGCCGACACAUUGUUCAUUUUAAAGUAUGUAGAUGACCUUGCAAUCUGAAAUACAGAGACGAUAAGUCAAUUAUACCUAUGACACACAUCGAACAGAAUAUCCUGUUCAAUGGAAUAACAAUAGUUAUUAUUAGUCACUUGUUGCUGCAUGCAGAGGUAUUGGGUAUCUUGGAGUAUAGCGAUUCAUGUCCAGGACGCUACGCAGAUUUUGUAUCGACUUACCCAAAUGAUACUGGAGUCUGGUCGUGUGAAAAUGGCGGAACUACAGCUACAAGUAUAUGUAGUCUCGAUUGUACACACCCUCAUUUUCUAAAUCCAUAUCAACCAAACCUCGUAAUAUCGUGUUUUGUAUUAUGGAGCACAAUUACCAAGGAGGUUGUUGAUGCACAGUGGUAUAACUUGAUACCAUAUUGUACACGUUUUACUUGUAGGAUUCCAAUGGUGGAGGGCUUUGGAAAUCCAAUGCACUGUACUGAGGGAACAGUGACUCGAGAAGUCAAGGGGGAGACGACAAAAAAUUAUGGAUACAAUCUUGGAGUAAGGUGUACUAUCCCCUGUCAGGGUGAAUCAUAUUAUACCAAUGAGAUUGAGUGCAGAGAUCGUGGAUAUGUACAUGAAUUAUAUGAUCAACAGGAGUCUGAAUAUGGGAAUUGGGCAAGAGGAGAAUGGCAACCUGUGGAACAGCAGUGCUCUUAUGAUCCAUGUCCUGAUAUGAUGCCAAUGGUUGCGAUUGAAAGUGAUUUAAUUUAUCAAUGCUCCAAGGGUAACCAGCUGUUUUCAGAAUGUACAUUUUCCUGUGAGCAAGCAUUAGGAAAACGUGAAAUAAGUCACACGAAACUUAUUGUUUGCAAAAGGGAUGAGAGUGGAAUGAGUAAUUGGAAUGGUACAGUACCGUCAUGCCAAGAUGCUACUUCAAGCUGUGACCCCAUACCUUUAAAUUACGGCGAAAGAAAAUAUCAUUGCACUAACAGAAAUAACAUUGGCUCAGUAUGUAAUAUACUUUGUGAGACUUUCAGCUACCCUCAUGGACCUCCUUCGAUAGUUUGUACACAUUCAUACGAAGGCUCGAAAUGGAAACCACAAAAUCCACUUUAUGUCAAUGCAAUGCCACGCUGUGAAGAAAUAAAAUGUCCUGAUCCUGCAUCUUUUCAACAUGGAGAUUUAGAUUUUUGUGAUAACACAGAUAUGACAAAACUACAAACCGUCUGCCUUUUUCGAUGCCCUCGUGGUACUCGUGCACUUGAUAAUAAGAAGAUUAGACUCAGGUGCUAUCACACAAUACAAGAACACUAUGAGUUUUUAAAUGAUUUUACUGGAUUUUUUGCACAGUGGACUAUUGAAGAGUACCCAUGUACAAUUGCAUACUGUGAGGAAAUAAGUUCUGAAAGUAUUGGCUCUAUUGGUAGUGUUAUGUGCUCUGGGAAUAAAUUUGGAGAUGAGUGCCUUUUCUUAUGCCCGGGUGGUUAUAAGUUAGAUUCUGAAUUGAGGUGGUCAACAUGUGAUGAUAAGGACCAGACUGCUUUCUGGAAUCCACCUCCUCCAAACUGUAUUCCACUGCCGCCUCCCCCACCACAUCCAGAAGCUGGAGUUCAAACUUUGUAUCCCAGUGUCGUUGGUGAGAUAGACAAAAAGUAUUUAGCUUUCAAGGAGAAUCUUACAUGGAGCAGAGCAAAAGCAUAUUGCAGUGCUAUGUGGGGAGAACUAGCGAUGCCAAAAAAUGAGGCUAUUCACAAUUAUUUGUUGGGAAUGAUAUCAGAUAUGCAUUUACCAGAUGAUCCUCAGCAAGGGGUUUGGAUAGGAAUGAGUGACUCCCAGUCUGAAAGUCAUUGGAAAUUUGUUGAUGGAGAGGAUGUUGAAAAGCCUGCAUCAUUUUUGGAUAUGACUCUAGAUGGAAGACUGAGCAAACCUGCUGCUAAUGUGUCUGUCGGAGAUAGAUGGUUUUUUCUUUGGACUAUGGAUUUCUUUUGUAAUCAAAGUGAAUGUAAAGAAAUUUGUAGUAAACUUGGUGGCACAUUGAUUAAUAUUGUUUCUCAAGAUAUCAAUGAUGCCGUUACAAAAAAACUUUCUAUCAUGUAUAAAAUCUGGGCUGAUGCAGGUGGAAAACUAGAGCUCCCUUAUGGUGCCGGUAAUUGGUUUAUAAACAUUAUACGCAACCCACAAAAUAUGGAUGAGUUCAGACAAGGUGAUGGUCAGCGGGUCUACCUUUUUGAAGACUGGUAUACAAGAAAUGGAUUUCCAAUACCACCAAACAGAGAAGAUUUUGCACCUUUUCAACAUUGGCAGCAGCAUUCAGACCCAGAAGGAUUUUAUAAUGAUGAGCAUUGUGUUGCCAUACAAGAUAAUUCAAAUUGGAUCGAUACUUUAUGUUCCAGAAAACAUCCACCAAUGUGUGAAUUCGGAACAUAUCCCUUUGAGCGUUGGGCGGGUAGAGGAUCUAAAAAACCUGAGCCGAACAAUAACUGGCAAAUAGAAAACUGUGGUGGAUAUCUCGUUAAUCUUGAUCCAGAACCAGCCUGGAAUGAUUUUGACUGUUUGAGAGAAAUGCCGUUUAUUUGUGAAGUAGAUGUGCAUUGCCCUAGUGUGGAAGGAAUUUCUCCAGGAACGGGCUAUUACUGUUAUUUUUCCGAAGCGGACGGAAACCCGCAAUGUAAAUUUUAUUGUGAUCAUGGAUUUCAACUCAAUUCGGAUACUGAUAUUUCUAACUGCAUUGACCCAGAUGGGGAUUUUGAUGGAAUAUGGACUCCAUCGUUUCCAAGCUGUUUUGCUAUAGCAAUAAAGUGUCCGAAAAUUGAUGCAGAAAUACUGUCUUUUGAGACAUAUUUCUCUUGUACUGAUUCAGACAACCUGAACUCUAAUUGUGUAUUCCACUGUGGAUAUAGCACAAGGCUUACAGUUGAUCAUAAUGAGAUUAAAUGUGAGGAUGUUGAUAACGAUCUCAAUGGUGAAUGGAAUUUGUCAAUACCGGAUUGUGUCUACAUCACUUGCCCAACUUUGGAUCCAUCAACUCUAGCACCUGACACUGUUUUUGAUUGCACAAGAUCAAAUAUAUUUGAUUCUGAAUGUACAUUCAGUUGUCCUGAUAGAAGGAAAUUAAAUGUAGAAACCAGUGUUAUAAAAUGUGAAGAUUCUGAUGAUGAUGGGAUAGGAGAGUGGAAUGAUCAAAUACCUGAUUGUAUUGACGUCACCUGUCCAUAUUUAAAUGAAUUUAUAUCAAGCGAUACAAUAGCAAGUUGUUCUAAUGAAAAUAUGAUCGAUUCAUCUUGUACUGUGAGUUGUAAUGAAGGCAUGACAUUGGAUGGUACUGGAUCUGAGACAGUUGUUUGUGAAGAUAAUAAUAAUGAUAAGGUUGGAGAAUGGAGUUCAGCUACAUCAAAUUGUGUUGGAAUACUAUGCCAAAUAAUUUCAAAUUCUGAUUUUUCUGCUGGAACAUCAUUUGACUGCACAAAUAUGAACAAUUUUGGUUCAGUUUGUACAUUUGAAUGUAUUGAUACAAUGAAAUUAACUGGUGGAUUGGACACAAUAGAAUGUGUUGAUUCAAAUGAUGAUGGUGUUGGUGAAUGGAAUAUUGAUGUACCUGAUUGUAUUGAUGUUCUAUGUCCUGAUCUAUCUACUAUUGUAACGAAUGAAACACAAGUAACAUGUACAAAUGGAUUUAUAAAGAAUUCAAAUUGUGAUAUGAGUUGUCCUGAGGGAAUGACAUUGGAUGAAAAUACAGGAUCGGGAUCUGUUAUUUGUGAAGAUAAUGAUGGUGAUGGAGAAGGAGAAUGGAAUGAAUCUGUAGCUAGUUGUAAAGUCAUAACUUGUCCGACCUUGGAUCCAUCAACUCUAGCACCUGAAACUGUUUUUGAUUGUACUGGAACAAAUACAUUUGAUUCUGAAUGUACAUUCAGUUGUCCUGAUAAGAAGAAAUUAAAUGUAGAAACCAGUGUUAUAAAAUGUGAAGAUUCAGAUGAUGAUGGAAUAGGAGAGUGGAAUGCUCAAAUUCCUGACUGUAUUGAUAUCACCUGUCCAUAUUUCAGUGAAUCUAUAUCAAGCGAUACGAUAGCAAGUUGUUCAAAUGAAAAUAUAAUCGAUUCAUCUUGUACUGUAAGUUGUAAUGAAGGCAUGACAUUGGAUGAUACUGGAUCUGAGACAGUUGUCUGUGAAGAUAAUAAUAAUGAUGAGGUCGGAGAGUGGAGUGCAGCUGCAUCAAAUUGUGUUGGAAUACUAUGCCAAUUUUUUACAAAUUCCAAUUUUUCUGUUGGAACAUCAUUUGAUUGCACAAAUAUGAACAAUUUUGGAUCAUCUUGUACAUUUGGAUGUAUUGAUACGAUGAAAUUAACUGGUGGAUUGGACACAAUAGAAUGUGUUGAUUCAAAUGAUGAUGGUGUUGGUGAAUGGAAUAUUGAUGUACCUGAUUGUAUUGAUGUUCUAUGUCCUGAUCUAUCGACUAUUGUAACAAAUGAAACACAAGUGACAUGUACAAAUGGAUUUGUAAAGAAUUCAAAUUGUGAUAUGAGUUGUCCUGAAGGAAUGACAUUGGAUGACAGUACAGGAUCUGGAUCUGUUAUUUGUGAAGAUAAUGAUGGCGAUGGGGAAGGAGAAUGGAAUGAAUCUGCAGCUAGUUGUAAAGUCAUCACUUGUCCAACUUUGGAUCCAUCAACUCUAGCACCUGACACUGUUUUUGAUUGCACUGGAACAAAUACAUUUGAUUCUGAAUGUACAUUCAGUUGUCCUGAUAAGAAGAAAUUAAAUGUUGAAACCGGUGUUAUAAAAUGUGAAGAUUUUGAUGAUGAUGGAGUAGGAGAGUGGACUGCUCAAAUUCCGGACUGUAUUGAUAUCACCUGUUCAUAUUUAAAUGAAUCUAUAUCAAGCAAUACAAUAGCAAGUUGUUCUAAUGAAAAUAUAAUCGAUUCAUCUUGUACCUUAAGUUGUAAUGAAGGCAUGACAUUGGACGGUGCUGGAUCUGAGACAGUUGUUUGUGAAGAUCAUAAUAAUGAUGACUUCGGGGAAUGGAAUUCAGCUGCAUCAAAUUGUACUGAUAUACUCUGUCCAUCUUUCACUAUUUCUAAUUUUACUUCUGGAACAACAUUUGACUGCACAAAUAUAAAUAUCUAUGGUUCUGCAUGUACAUUUGAAUGUACUGAUACAAUGAAAUUAACUGGUGAAAUGGAUACAAUAGAAUGUGUUGAUUCAAAUGAUGAUGGUGUUGGUGAAUGGAAUAUUGAAGUGCCUGAUUGUUUUGAUAUCCUCUGCCCUGAUCUCUCUGCUAUUGUAACGAAUGAAACACAAGUGACAUGUACAAAUGGAUUUAUUAAAAAUUCAAAUUGUGAUAUGAGUUGUCCUGAAGGAAUGACAUUGGAUUACAGUACAGGAUCUGGAUCUGUUAUUUGUGAAGAUAAUGAUGGUGAUGGAGAGGGAGAAUGGAAUGAAACUGCAGCUAGUUGCAAAGUCAUCACUUGUCCAACUUUGGAUCCAUCAACUCUAGCACCUGAAACUGUUUUUGAUUGUACUGGAACAAAUACAUUUGAUUCUGAAUGUACAUUCAGUUGUCCUGAUAAGAAGAAAUUAAAUGUUGAAACCGGUGUUAUAAAAUGUGAAGAUUCUGAUGAUGAUGGAACAGGAGAGUGGAAUGCUCAGAUACCAGAUUGUAUUGAUAUCAUCUGUCCAUAUAUAAAUAAAUCCAUAUCAAGCGAUACAAUAGCAAGUUGUUCAAAUGAAAAUAUAAUCGAUUCAUCUUGUACUGUAAGUUGUAAUGAAGGCAUGACAUUGGAUGGUACUGGAUCUGAGACAGUUGUUUGUGAAGAUAACAAUAAUGAUGAGAUCGGAGAGUGGAAUUCAGCUGCUUCAAAUUGUACUGAAAUACUUUGUCCAGCUUUUACUUUGACUAAUUUUACCGCUGGAACAACAUUUGACUGCACAGAUACAAAUAUUUAUGGUUCUGUGUGUACAUUUGAAUGCAUCAAUACAAUGAAAUUAACUGGUGGGAUGGAUACAAUAGAAUGUGUUGAUUCAAAUGAUGAUGGUGUUGGUGAAUGGAAUAUCGAUGUUCCUGAUUGUAUUGAUAUUCUCUGCCCCGAUCUAUCUACUAUUGUAACAAAUGAAACACAAGUAACAUGUACAAAUGGAUUUGUAAAGAAUUCAAAUUGUGAUAUGAGUUGUCCUGAAGGAAUGACAUUGGAUGGAAGUACGGGAUCAGGAUCUGUUAUUUGUGAAGACAUUGAUGGUGACGGAGAAGGAGAAUGGAAUGAAACUGCAGCUAGUUGCAAAGUCAUCACUUGUCCAACUUUGGAUCCAUCAACUCUAGCACCUGAAACUGUUUUUGAUUGUACUGGAACAAAUACAUUCGAUUCUGAAUGUACAUUCAGUUGUCCCGAUAAGAAGAAAUUAAAUGUAGAAACCGGUGUUAUUAAAUGUGAAGAUUUUGAUGAUGAUGGAGUAGGAGAGUGGAAUGCUCAGAUACCGGAUUGUAUCAAUAUCAUCUGUCCAUAUAUAAAUAAAUCAAUAUCAAGCGAUACAAUAGCAAGUUGUUCAAAUGAAAAUAUAAUCGAUUCAUCUUGUACUGUAAGUUGUAAUGAAGGCAUGACAUUGGAUGGUACUGGAUCUGAGACAGUUGUUUGUGAAGAUAAUAAUAAUGAUGAGGUUGGAGAAUGGAGUUCAGCUGCAUCGAAUUGUACUGAAAUACUUUGUUCAUCAUUUACUAUGUCUAACUUCUCUUCUGGAACAACUUUCAACUGCUCAAAUAUAAAUAUCUAUGAUUCUGUAUGUACAUUUGAAUGUACUGAUACAAUGAAAUUAACUGGUGGAAUAGAUACAAUAGAAUGUGUUGAUUCAAAUAAUGAUGGUGUUGGUGAAUGGAAUAUUGAUGUACCUGAUUGCAUUGAUAUCCUCUGCCCUGAUCUCUCUACUAUUGUAACAAAUGAUACUCAAGUAACAUGUACAAAUGGAUUUAUAAAGAAUUCAAAUUGUGAUAUGAGUUGUCCUGAAGGAAUGACAUUGGAUGAAAAUACAGGAUCUGGUUCUGUUAUUUGUGAAGAUAAUGAUGGUGAUGGAGAAGGAGAAUGGAAUGUAUCUGCAGCUAGUUGUAAAGUCAUAACUUGUCCGACCUUGGAUCCAUCAACUCUAGCACCUGAAACUGUUUUCGAUUGUACUGGAACAAAUACAUUUGAUUCUGAAUGUACAUUCAGUUGUCCUGAUAAGAAGAAAUUAAAUGUAGAAACCAGUGUUAUAAAAUGUGAAGAUUCUAAUGAUGAUGGAGUAGGAGAGUGGGAUGCUCAAAUUCCUGAUUGUAUAGAUAUUAUCUGCUCAUAUUUUAACGAAUCAAUAUCAAACAAUACAACAGCAAGUUGUUCAAAUGAAAAUAUAAUCGAUUCAUCUUGUACUGUAAGUUGUAAUGAAGGAAUGACAUUGGAUGGUACUGGAUCUGAGACAGUUGUUUGUGAAGAUAAUAAUAAUGAUAAGGUCGGAGAAUGGAGUUCAACUGCUUCAAAUUGUACUGAAAUACUUUGUCCGUCUUUUACGAUGUCCAACUUUUCUUCUGGAACAACUUUUAACUGCUCAAAUAGGAAUAUCUAUGCUUCUGUUUGUACUUUUGAUUGUACUGAUACAAUGAAAUUAACUGGUGGACUGGAUACAAUGGAAUGUGUCGAUUCGAAUGAUGAUGGUGUUGGUGAAUGGAAUAUUGAUGUACCUGAUUGUAUCGAUGUUUCAUGUCCUGAUCUAUCUACUAUUGUAACGAAUGAAACACAAGUGACAUGUACAAAUGGAUUUAUUAAAAAAUCAAAUUGUGAUAUGAGUUGUCCUGAAGGAAUGACAUUGGAUGACAGUACAGGAUCUGGAUCUGUUAUUUGUGAAGAUAAUGAUGGUGAUGGAGAAGGAGAAUGGAAUGUUUCUGCAGCUAGUUGUGCAGUUAUCACUUGCCCAGCAAUCAACACAUCAGCUAUCUCAUCAGAAACCAUGUUAUCAUGCACUGAAUCUAAAAAUUUUGGAUCUGAAUGUACAUUUUCAUGUCCUGAGUUCAUGAAAUUAGAUAAUGAUGGUACGGCCAUGCUGACAUGCGAAGAUGCAAAUGAUGACGGUAUUGGAGAAUGGAACACUGAUAUUCCAGAAUGCAUAAAUAUCGUCUGUGAGGCGAUUAAUACAUCUUUAAUUAAUCCCGAACUUGGGGUAUCUUGUUCAUCUGAAAAUCUUGUCAAUUCGGAAUGUCACUUCUCGUGCUCAGUUGGUAAGAAAUUAGAAAAUGGCGAUCCAAUCAUUUCUUGUAAUGAUGAUGAUAAUGAUGGGUUUGGUGAUUGGAAUGGAACUUUUCCCAGCUGUACAGAAAUUCUAUGUCCUUUGCUUGACUCUGAAAACUUUGCCCCUGAGACCAAAUUCAAUUGUACUGAUGAAUUUCAUCGAGGAACACAAUCAUAUGGAGCAGUCUGUGGUUUUGAAUGCUUAGAAGGAAGUAUGCUAAAUUCAAAAUUAGAUCAGGAAAUAAUUCAAUGUGGAGAUACAGAUGGAGAUUUUAAUGGAGAAUGGAAUGGAACAUAUCCUGAUUGUUUUCAAAUCAAAUGCGAGAUAGAAAAUGCAAAUAUAUCAGAAGUGAUUUCAAACUGUACAAAAUCAAAUAAAUACGGAACAGAAUGUCAACUUUCAUGUCCUGAAGGAACUAAAUUAACUGGAGAGACAGAUUCACUCACAUGUCAUGACUCUAACAAAGAUGGUGUCGGUGAAUGGAAUGUGGAAUAUCCUUCUUGUGUUGAUGUUCUCUGCCCUGAUCUUAAGGAGCUCGUAUCUGAUAUCACAAAAGUGAAUUGUACUAAAGAAUAUAAGAAACAUUCAGUUUGUACAUUAAGCUGCUCUACCGGUAAAAGAUUGGAUAAUGAUGGGGGACCAGAAAUGUUGUUAUGUGAAGACAGGGAUGCUGAUGGAUUCGGUGAAUGGAAUAGUACUGAAAUGAGUUGUAUAGAUAUAACAUGCGAAGAGAUUGAUUCAGAUUCAUUGCCAGAAACCAGCUUCGAAUGCAAUGACACUAAUAUUUUUGGAUCAGAAUGUAUUUUUCAAUGUCCAGAUGGAAUGCAAGUACCAAAUGCUAUAUCGGAAAUAUAUUGUGAAGAUUUGGAUAAUGACGAACACGGCAGUUGGAGUGACCCUCUACCAAUUUGUUAUGAUGUUGAAUGUGAUAAAAUUAAAAGGUCAAUGGUGACAGAUGAAACGUUUUAUUCUUGUUCAAACUGGAAAUGUUCAUUUUAUUGUGAUGAUGGUACUACAUUAGUUGGUGGCUCGGAAGUGCUUAUAUGUGAAGAUCCACAUGGAAAUAAAACAGGAAAAUGGAGUGAUGAGGUUCCAAAUUGUCGACCAAUAAACUGCACCGAACUUGAUUUAACUAAUCUGUCGAACGAUACAAAAAUGACAUGCACAAAUUCGUAUCAUGCUGGUUCUGUGUGUUCAUUUAAUUGUCCGCAAGGAAUGAUAUCAAAUAAAGAAUAUAAUGAAAUGAAAUGCCAGGAUUUGGAUGAUGAUGGCGUAGGUGAAUGGGAUGAGAAUGAAAUGCCUAAUUGUAUUCAUAUCUUUUGUGAUGAAAUUAUAUGGAAAAUGGUAGACGAUAAACUUGAUAUUAACUGUUCAAAUACAAACUACUGGGGAUCGGAAUGCUUAUUUACUUGUCCUGACGGAAUGUGGGUUGAUGGAUCCGAUACCAGCAUGACAUGUAAGGAUAAAGAUAAAGAUGGAAAAGGAGAAUGGACAACGGAAAUACCCAAAUGUGAAAGAAUCAAAUGCUUACCUGAAUAUUCGUUUUUACAAAAUGGAAUUGUCAACUGCACUGAUUCAAAUUUUUUUAACUCAACAUGCAAUUAUACAUGUGAUUAUAGUUUUCGAUUGAUUGGUUUGGCACCGGCAUCUUGUUUUGAUGAAAACAAUGAUGGAAUCGGAGAUUGGAAUGCCAGCUUUCCUUUCUGUGAAGAAUAUGUAAUCAUUAUUCCGAGCGAUUGUACUGACUUAACUGAUCCAGCUGAUGGGGAAAUGCAAUGCACUGAUGCAGCCUAUGUUGGUUCUAUAUGUUCUUUUUACUGUAAUAAUGGAUAUGUUUUAUUUGGUCCUGAGGAAAUUGAAUGCUUAGAAAAUGAAGAAGAAGAAGAUGCUUACUUGUGGUCCGAUACUUUUCCUAUCUGCUCAACUUAUUUGGGGGAAUGUUUACCACCAUAUGGAUCCCCUAUUCAUGGUGAUGUAUCUUGCACUGGCAAAUCAUAUGUUACAUCAGUAUGUACAUUUACAUGUAUCGAAGAAUAUCAUGUUGUUGGUAGUAAUGUGGUUACAUGUAACGACAAUGAUUUUGAUAAAAUUGGUGAAUGGAGCGAUGAUGAACCGAUCUGCUUUCCUGAUGUUGUCAAAUGCAAACCAAAGUUAGAAUCACCGGAGUCUGGUACAUUAUCAUGUACAAAUGAAAAUAUCAAAGAUUCUGUUUGUACUUUUGAAUGUGAAACUGGUUAUUAUGUUGCUGGUUCAUCAAGGAAUGAAUGUACUGAUGAUAAUAAUGAUGGGAUUGGAAGAUGGGAGAAGAUGGAACCAACGUGUGAAGUGAUAACUUGUGAUGUGAUUGACCCGAAUAAACUAUCCAGAGAAACCAAUUACUCAUGCACAAAUGAAAAUAUCGGAAACAGCAAAUGUGAUUUUAAUUGUCCUGAUAAAUAUCGACUUCAUAAUGGAGUGGACACAAUAUAUUGUGAAGAUGUUGAUGAAACAAGCAGAGGAAAAUGGAGCGAUGGUAUACCUAAUUGUGUUCCUGUCUCGUGUAAAUUUGAUGAAAAAUCUCUCGAUCCAGACACAAUUUAUGAGUGCACUAAAUCAAAUGAAUUGGAUUCUGUAUGUGACUUCACAUGUCCAUCUGGUAUGAAGCUAACCACAGAACACAAUCAAGUAACAUGCCAAGAUCUAGAUGGAGAUGAUUUUGGAGAUUGGGAUAAAGAAGUUCCCAAUUGCACACCUAUUCUAUGUGAGGAAAUAGAUGAUGACAAAUUAUCACCUGAAACUUCAUAUAGUUGCACUAAACUUAAUCACGGAAAUUCUGAAUGUACUUUCAAUUGUCCGAUCGGAUGGAAAUCAGAUCCUGUUGAAAAUGUAAUCGUCUGUGAAGAUAAUGAUGGAGAUGGAAUUGGGGAAUGGAGUGGUGAAAUACCAAAUUGUAUACCAAUCGUGUGCAUUGCAAUCGAAGUUUUUGAAUUGUCAGAACAAACGACAUUUACAUGUACGAAUGCAAAUCUAGGAAAUUCUGUAUGUUCAUUCGAAUGUCCGGAUAAUAUGCGAUUAGAUGAAGAUAUCGGUAAAAUAACCUGUGUCGAUAAAAAUGGAGAUGGUGAUGGGGAAUGGAGCACAAAAGUACCUAGUUGUGUAUAUACGUGUAGUCCUCCUCUGAAACCUCCAGAAAAUGGCGCCCUCAGUUGCUCAGAUUUGAAUAGGGUAGGAUCAGAUUGUCAAUUUGAAUGUGAUUCGGGACUUGUUUUAUCCCAUGUCAAUCUGGUUACUUGUGGCCUGACUGAAACAGAGGAUGGUGGGGAAUGGGUUGGAAAUGUUCCAGAAUGUGAAGUUUUCAAAUAUUUGUGUCGAGAGAUUGAGAAGUUUGAACUUUCACCCGAGACCGAAUACACUUGUACGGACUCAAAUGAAAAAGAUUCUCGAUGUACAUUCAAGUGUCCAGAAGGUUUAGAACUUGACACAGGUAGAGAUAUCAUUGAUUGUGAAGACAGGAAUAGAGAUGGGAUUGGAGAAUGGAGUUUCCGACCACCAGAAUGUAUUAGAACCUCAUGUGCCAUUUCUGGAACAAAAGUUGAUCAUGGAGAAGCAAUUUGUUCAAAAUUAAACAGUAUUGGAUCUCAGUGCUUAUUCAAUUGUGAUUCAGGAUUUCAACCUGAACCUCCAUAUGAGCUAGUUUGUACUAAGGAAGGAAUAUGGAACUCUUCAACACCUACUUGUGACUCGACAAAUUGUCUUCCUGAUCUCAAAGAUAUGUUUGGACCUGAUGCUUAUUGUCUUGGUGGAAAUUCACCUGGAGCUGAAUGUGAUGUAAAAUGUUCACAUAAAUCACAAAAAUACAGAGAAAACGUCAAAUUUAUUUGUGCAGAUCCAGGUGUUAACGAUGGUGCUGGGUUUUGGGAUAAAGAUCUUCUCUCUUGUGCAGGAUGUGGCGUCGGACUUUUAGAUGUUUUCAUACUAAUAGAUGGAUCACAAAAAUGGGAAUCAUGGUUCUUUUCUGACGCUCGUGAUUGGUUGUCUGGAGCUCUUAACAAAAUUCGUGGAGGUAUCAAUGCUGGAGCUACUUGGAUAUCUAUUGCUGUUUAUGGAAGUAGAGAAAAGAAAUGCAACACUGCGUAUACAAUUCCACAUUUCAAGAUAGAAAUGGAGUUGGAUUAUCGCAACAUGGAGGCUUUGAAAAGAAAAGUAAGAAAAAUUAAACAUGUUGGAGGAUGCUCUCACCUUGGUCGAGCCAUGAUCGAUACAAUGCAGUACAUUGAAGAAAGGCAACGUCCAUAUAUGAUGCCUGUCAUAGUACUUUUACUUGGUGGUGAAGCUGAAGAUGGCACGUAUAUUGCGUUAAACAAAGCAAAUGAAUCUGAUAUCACUAUUCUUGGGAUUGGUGUUGGAGACGAAGCCACUAACUUCUUAGAAAAAAAUUAUAUCAGAUCAUUUACGGCGUCGACAACAGACCAAUUAAAUGAAGUAACGACAACUUUUCUUACAGACUUGAUUAAAAUUGACUGUAAAGAUCAUUCUCUCUGUUCUGGACCUAUAGAUAAUGGCACAGUAACUUGUAUAUUGAAGGAAGAUGGUCCUGCCAGUGAAUUAUGUACAAUUCAUUGUGAUGAUAGUUUUCAAUUAGUUGGGCAAGCAACAGCUCUGUGUGGUGAUAUGAAUGGCGAUGGAAGUGUUGAAUGGAUUUCUCCACCAGGAAGUUGUAUAAGUGUUGUCUGCCCUCCUCUACUACCUGUACCAGAAAUGGAGAUGGACUGCACUAGAGAAAACAGCUUUUCCUCACUUUGUCGUAUCUGGUGUAAAGAUGGUUUCAAUUUGGUUGGUUCAUCCCAGUUAUUUUGUGGAGAUCCACUCGGAAAAGGUGUUGGUCAAUGGAAUGCUCGCAUGCCUAUAUGUGUGGCAGGAUUAUCCUGUCAGCCGGUGCUAUUACCUCCUGCUCACGGAAUAGUGGAAUGCACGAAAAAUAAUUCGUAUGGCUCUGUAUGCCGCUUUGACUGUAAUGAAGGGUAUAUAGUUCAAGGAAGUGCAAUGAUCGUAUGCGUUGAUGCAGGAAAGCAGGGUCAUGUCAAAUGGGAGAAUCCACCUCCGAUCUGCUCAACCUGUUCACAAGGCCUUUGUGCGAGAGAUAUCAUUUUAUUGAUUGAUGGGUCGGGAAGUAUAAAUGAUGAAGAUUUUAUAUUUGCAAAACAAUGGGUUGUUAGAAUGUUUGAAGAUAUGCAGGGAGAAAUUGACAUUGGUGCCACCAGGGUUGGUAUAAUUGAAUACAGUGGAGAAUCAGCUUUCAUGUGUGCAUCUGGUGCUCUGAAUCCAAAAUAUCGGAUUGAAGUAGAACUUGGCCAAUAUCCAUUCCGAUAUCUGAGAGAAACCAUCAUGGAAAUCAGCCAAAUGAAAGGUUGUACUGCUACUGGUAAUGCAAUUACACAAGGCACCAAACAUUUUGAAGCACUCGGUCGUGAUAAUGUUGACAAGAUAUUGGUUAUUUUAACUGAUGGAAGAUCAAAUGAUGAUGUUAAACAGCCAGCAUUAGAAGCCAGACAGGAAGGGAUCAAAAUAGUUGCCAUUGGAAUUGGAUCUUUUAAUCCUGACCAGCUACUGACAAUUACUGGAAAAAUUGUGUUAGCAGAUAGUUUUGACGAAUUGCCAUCACUUCUUGAGGAAGUUCAAGAUGAAAUUAUGUCAGAUUAUAGUUUCGAUUCCAUUGAUGGAAAAGGAAAUUCUGUUCAGUCUUCCUUCAAUUUAUACAUUGGCACUUUGUUGUUGCAUCGAAUUCUAAGUUAUUUCAACUAAGCCAAAACAUAUGAUAGGUCGGAAUGUAACUGAUGAAUUGCAUACCAGAGGAGCUCACUGUGAUCUAUAAAUAAGUAUUCACUACAGAUGGAACAUGUUAAUAGCAAAGAAAGAGUAAUGUUUAUUUAUAAUGAAUCUUUUUUUCUGGAUUUUCACUGGUUCGUUUGUGGUGGAAGUGUUAUAUAUUGAGAUAUUGAAAUUAUAUUUUUAUUAAAAAUUUUGUUUGAACUUUUGUGUACUGGCCAUGCUAGGAUUGAUUUAAGGAAAACCCUUUGUUCAUCUAUCAGCUUAUUCAAAAAUAUUAGCAACAUUCUAUUAGGUCUAGCUGAUGUGAGAUGUGGAUGUAAUAUUCAAGCAUUUAGAAGAUGUGAUUAAAGUGUAGGCAAAUAAUUUGUAGUAUCUUUACGCUGUCGACUAGUAAUCCACCCUGCUUAUUUGAGCUUGCGAGGUUUAUUAUAUGCGUAAACGCAAUGCACCAGUACGGUUAUGCAUUAACAAGUUUAGAGCAUUGACUUUACUCAAGAGAUAAAGAACAGGCAACAAACAAUACGUACUGAAAAGUCUUCCCCUUUAAUUAACCUAAAUGAAACAGCAACAUUUUUGACGAAAUAUCGGCCCUCGGAAAGGAAUUUCAAAAAAUGAAAGCAGUGGCCUUCUGACUACUUUUGGAAAUUAUAGGUUCAUUAGUUGCGGAAAUAAGCUAUUUUCACUCAAUAACAACAACAAUCCUGCAAAACGGCCCGUUUGUAUGUUGUUUAGCGAGUGUAGUUUUAAAUAUCAUUGUUUUUUUGCGGAUUCCGAAGUGAAC